AUGGGACGUAUUAGGCAUCGGGAGCAACGGGAAGAGGCGCAGUUGAGCCAGCGAAACUCUUCAGCACGAGAUCUUCGUACACAAAGCAAGAAUGUUGCGCCUCCAAGGACUCCCGAAAUCACACAAAUACCUGGCCGGUUCAGCGCGCUUGGAACUGAAAGCACUAUAGCAGUAGUGGGGAGGAAGCAAGAGACUCGCGCACGAGUGAAAGUUGAGCCCGAGAGUCCCGAUAACACGGUAUACCCAACCUCGCCAGCAUCCCGACGUCGAGACUACAGGGAAGAAGCGAAAGUAGUCAAGCCCGGAGGACCUUCCUCUCGUCAUCAUACAGUUCACAUCAAAGUCGAAGACAAAGCCGAUCUCGAAACACCACCACAUUACCCAUCCUUCACAACAGCAUGGUCCAAAUCGCCACUCCGUGUACCGACCCCCUUGGCUGAACAGUUCUACCGAUCUACAGUAGUGAAAAAGGAGAGCGAUGUUUCUUUAGUACAUAGGGACGUACUGUCACUUCGCAGCCAAACUUCAGGUCCGUCGGUUAGCUCGAGCUACAAGAGAUUCGCUGUCGAGACUUUCCGUGACUUCGAUGCGUCACACCCAGCCUCCAAAGUCAAGAUAGAAGAGGAACCAGAGAAGGGAUACUACAUCCCGACGGGAGCGAGCAAAGUCAAGCAUGAAGCGGCAUCUUCCUCCACAAACAUCCACCACCGCCCCAGCCCCACAGACUAUCCCAAUCCAUACCACAGAGCGCCUGUAAAACAUGAUCCAGCAUCAAACUCUUCACCCGACCUCAGGCGUACACGAAGCCACUGCACCGUCGCACCAACGCCAGAACUCCGCUCCGAAACCAAAUUCUCCUACCUCCAACCCAUCACACCCACACCCUUCAGCACACCCUACGGUCUCGUCAACCCCUACCCUCCCGAUCCAUCAUCAUACCUCGUCCCUGGCCUUCUACCACUUCUCGUCUUACUGCGAAAGUUUGCAUCCCAUCUUCGCCGUCUCGCCGACAUGAGUUCUCAACGUUACAGCUCACUCGGCGUGCCUGGAGCCAGCACUUCGGAAACAGAAGAACAUGAGUCGGACUACGGACCGCAUGGGCUCGCCACGGAGGUCUCCUCAAUUAGCCUUCUCUCUGAGCACGGCUUCACCUCCGAAUACGAUCGACAGCAGGACGUUGAUAGCACUCAAUAUCAACAGAAUGGCAAUAUCAGCUCACACCCGCAGUAUGCGAGCGUCGAUUCGUACCCACAGAACUUGGGUGCGACUGCGUCUGAUCACCCGUCCGAAAUCCAGUUGCAAAACCACACAGCCAGUCUCACCUCAGAGCAUAUCGAUGGUGCGGACUCCAAUACCUCGCCAGAAGCGGGCCUCGGUUCAUUCGGUCAGCCUCUUCGCCGCUUCUACUUCCGCACGAUAGUCGGCAUCCUUGGACCGAUAAUCGUAGUAUCUUAUCUCAUCACCGUCUGGCGCAUCUACCUCGCCCCACUCCACCCCGACUCAACAGUGGCCUUCGGACCACCGGGUGCCAAAUGGGUCUUUUACAGUUGGUUCGUCGCGGGAGUGAUCGGACUGAGCUUAAGUCUUUACGGACUGGCUGGUGCUGAAGCUGGCAUGCUCAUGGAACAAACCUGGAAAGUUGAAGAUGCCAUGCGUCUUAUGCUACAUGCUGACAAUACAUGGUCUGGUCCCGGUGGCUGGAUGAAGGCAAUCAAAUGGGUUGUGCAAAUACGCAGGGUGCGAAACCAACAUAGCAAGCUUCCUUCUCGUUUGUGGUUUGUUCUGGCACUUCCAAGCGUGGUUGUCUUCGUGGCUUGGCCCAUAUCGGGUCUUUGCCUUGAGAUGACUAGUGGCUUCCUUCGUGGUAAGUCAGGGCGAGGAGUGAAUGUAACCGGAUUUGUUCAAUCGACCUUCAACACCAGCCCUGAGGCCCGUAUGCCGUCCAGAGGAUUCCGCAACGGUGCACGUGUGUUCGGACAUGGAGCUGUCUAUACGCCUGAAAAUUUUGAUCGGAAGAAGAACGAGUUUCUGAAGAGUGUUCCGGUGAUACUGCCAAGUAUUGAGGGCGUCGAAGAAAUCUUUUUGACCGCUCAAGGUGAGGCUCCUUUUGAGGGCAGAGCCUGGGGCUUGUUACUACAUUACGACUGCAAGAUCGUAGACAGAUUGCCUGACUUCGUUCUCUUAAAAGACCGUCGAUCUUCAACAGAUGUCUGGAGAAGUAAAUCGAUCGUUUCUGAUUUCGGACGAAUAGGAAUUGAACGCAGAGCGGUUGAGAAUCCUCCCAUCGACGAAUUCACGACAGCAGCCUUUUCGUUAGGCCCCACCGAAAGCCUUGCUUCAGCUCCUACGUCCACUCCGGCUCUCGUACAGAGCACAAUUCCUAGUUCGAACUGCACAAAAUGCUUCAUUUUCGAUCAUGAUAAACACAUUACCUACAUGUCAUAUCGUCUCCAUGACAACAACACCUUGGUGGAGGUAAUGAAAGAGUCACGAGUCGAUUCCAACCCAACGAAGUCGACAAUGAAAAUGGGUGCAGUCAUAGAGACUGCGUAUCAAUCCUUGUCGCCACACACAGGUUCGAACGAAGAACCGCCCUGCGGCUGGCUUGAUGAAAUGGAGAACCCGUCAACGUCUUACUGCUAUCAUAACCUGCAAGAAGAUCCUUCAAAACCGUAUCCCGGAAUCGAACGCAAGAGGACUUUUGAGGUCCUGUUGUGGCAGACACUUUACGCCUUACCAGGUUCUCAGAACAACACCAUCGUCCGUACUAUCGAGUCGCUGACUGGCGAGUAUGUCAAUGUUGAUAACGAGAAGCUCAAAGCAAUUGGUGCAUCCUGUACGUCAAGCAGCAGUGUAGGCUCAGCAAACAUCAACGGCGUGCGCUCUACUUACUCCGACUUCCAACGGAGUGACACCCCGGUGCCUGCUCGAAAGGACGCUUGUGCGAAACGUUUUGGCGCAGAGACACUUCUGGAAUAUCUACAAGCCGACCAACUUCGACAAGUCCUUCUACAAGCUUACUCCACCUACGCCAUCAAGCUCAUGUACAAUGACGGUCGGGAUUUCAUAGGCGUCAACGGAACACGCCUCAAGUCACACGUCCCCAACCUCACAGCUUUUGUCGCUGGCACCGUGAUUGAACCGGGCGUCAUGCCAGCCGCUGUUCCUGUGGCUUUAUUCGGACUAUGGGCAUUGAUCAGCUCAGGUCUCUGCCUUGUCUAUGGGUUCAGACGACGAUGGAGCGCGAUUCUGGACGGGCAUACAGUCUUCAGGCUUGGGGCCGAGUUGCAGCAGACGUACAGGGCCAAGCUUCAGCGGUAUUCUACGAUCGCUGAUAUUGAAGAGUGUGAGGCUUUGCAUGGGAUUCCGGGGUUCGUUGCUGACAUGGAUCCUGAUGAUGAUGUAGGGAGGAUUGGACUUAAGGAUGGAAAGCCGGCUAGGAAGGACAAGCUUUAUCGGUAG